AUGAAGGAGAUCUGGCCUUGGGAAGGUGCUGAAACUUUUACGUACUCGUCACAAUACGCCUCUGGUGCCGUAUCAAGCGAGUUAGCGGCGUGUUUACAAACAUGUGCAGCCGCGCGGCGCUGCGCCGGCUCAGUCCGCAGCAUGCUGGCGUUCAUGCUCCUGCUCCACCACGCCGCCGCCAGGGGCAGCCCUCAAGAGCCUCAUGUAUUCAAAAAUAUAUCGUCGUGCCCCGACGUUGGCUACUACUUCACGACGGAGCCGGUCGCCAACGCGCUGGAGCCGGCCUGCUUGCUCUGCUUCUGUCGCGAGGAUGACGCGCUGUGCUGGCGCAGACAGCUUAGUCGGUGCGACCAGCGGUACCACCAGCUCAGAGAGGGAAAGAGGGUCCACAGAGUGCGCAGGAGUCCCGGCCUUGCAGAUAUUUUCUUUCGGGGUACCGACAAGGAUAUUACAGAUUUAAACAAAAACCCGCCCGAAGAGUGCAAGCAGGUAGAAUCCAGUUACAGUAUUGGAUGUCCUCCAGAUGAUUGGUGCGUAGGCUGUACCGUUUGUGACUGCGACGCAAAUGGAAGAUGGAAAUGUCACAACUUGAGUUUUUGUGAUGAUAAGGGAAGAAACAAAAAGAAGACAGAUAAAAUACCGCAACGAACAACAAAGAAAGCAAAUGCUAGGACAACAAAAAAUCCAAUAAUUACUACAUCGAAAAAAAUUAACAAAGACAAAAAUAACCCAAAAACUACUCCUAACAAACAAUCAGCUAAAAGGAAGCAACGUGAAAUGGGUAAGACGCAACGUAAACCGAUUAAAGAACUAAAUAAAGCGAAUGUGAUAUCAGUAAAAAAAGCGAAAUCUCCAGUAUAUAAGAAAAAACCAAUAUCAAAGAGUAAAGGAAGACUUAAUAACAAAAAAAUGAAUACAUCUGCAAAAUCAUCAUCUAACAAAUUUUUAAAAGGAAAAACUAAAACUUUGAAUGAAACUGAGCAGAUCAUUCGAGAUAUGGCUCAUACUAUUUUUAAAAAAGUAAUGGCUUCUGUGGAAAAAAUUGUAAUGGAUAGUCAAAAAGUGAUAACUGGAAAAAUUUCAAAAAAAGGAUCUACAUUGAAGCAGUAUAAAAAUGAAAUUAACAAGAAAAUGAAUACAACCAAGUCGACGAAAAUUAAUAACAGUAUACCAAAAAACAUUAAGAAUAGCCAAAUGCCUUAUACAAAAAAGAAUAAAAGAGAUAAAAGGGAGCUAACAGCUGUGAUUCCCAGUACAUAUUAUUCAAACGAAGGUAAUAUUUGUUAGAUUUAAAUUUUGUUUAAUUAAAAACAUUAAAAAAGUAUUUAAUAUUUAGUAUUUUUUUUUAUUUAUAGCAAAUAAAACGACUGCGCUUAAUAUAACUACAACUGAAGAAUCUUUUGGUUACCAAACUUUGGAUAAUGAAUUCAUUAUAUCCACUCCAACACUAACAGGUUUAAAUAAACCAUUCUUUUUUGAAUAUACGGUGGAUAAAGAAAAUAACACUAAUAAUUUUUCUACAAUCCAAGAAGAACAAUUUUUAAUUUCACGAGCAGCAGCUAAUAAAUCCAAUGAAAUAGAAAUUUUAUCCUAUAAUCUUAAUAAUGAUAAUCGAAGGUAUGUUGGAAAACCAUUACAAUCAAUCCCCUAUGAUGAUGCAAAUAUUAAUUUUACAAUAGAACUCUUGAAUAAAACCAACUCACAAAACAUCAUAAGUAAUGGAAGUACUGAUCAUAGUAAAAAUCGUAAUGAUAGUAAUACUGAUUUUAAAACUGAACGUGGAAAAUUUACUAACACAUUUAAGAAGUUAUUUUCAUUUGAUAAUAUGAGUUCCACAAUGAAGAAAGUUAACAAAAUAAAAAAAAAUAAUAUACUGAAAUAUUUAAAAAAAGUUUUCAAAAAAAUAUUUUACAAAAGAAAAGUAAAAGAUGUAAAUUUAAAAAAGAAUAUUAUACAACCAGUUAAAAAAUGCAAUUUAACCACGACUGUUUGUAAUAACUUUGGUUUUUGUAAAGCAGACGUAGUCAAUGAACAAAUAUCCUCGAAAAUUUAUAAAUUAAGAACAGAAAGUAAAAAAAAUAUGAAAUCACUUGAAAUUAUCAAAGGCCUUUUAAAACUUCUUGAUAUAAAUACAAAAAAAUAUAAAGAUAACUCAACAUAUACGAGUAAAACCAAAGAGAUUUUAAACAAUGACAUCGAAAAGUUGAAUUCCAUAAUUCAAG